AAAUUGAAGAAAUUGUAAAUUUGUCAUCUGAUGAAAUUCAAAGUUCAUUAGAAACAGAUCCAACAUCUUUAAUAUCAUCUUUUUUUUCUCAUCUUUCUUCAACUUCUAAUCAAGAAUUUAGAACUAAUUCAAAUGAAUUUGAACAAUAUUUACAAAUGAAAGAGUUAUUAAUGCAUGAAAAAAAUGAUGACAACAAUGAUGAUGAACUUCCCUACUGGGAUGAUGCAAUUGAAAAAUAUUAUGACCGUCCGGAUCAUCCACACUUUCACUUGAUUACAUAUCCUAAUUACUUUUGUGAUUACACCAUUCGAUCCAAACAACCAAAUAUUGAAUUUUAUAAUGUUCUUCAAGAAAUACAAACAGGUCACCUAUCAAGAAGAACAAAAGAUAUUAUUCAAUCAAAAAUAAACACAAAUAAUGACCCAGAAAAAUUCUACAACACUACUCAUAUUGUCAGCACCCGCCAAGCCGCAUUCAAUAUAAAUCAACUCCUAUGUAGCUACCUCCCAUUCGACCACACAACAAGUGAACCUCUCACCUCAACAUCCGAAGAUACCCUGGACUUUGAAAACCUAACCGAAACCAACUUGUCCCCCCACUUUAAACACUCAACAAAUCUACCCCACAUAACGUACUUACAAGAAGAAGUAACUUUCCCUACCUUCACAAACUUAAGCAAAGUCGUCGUUCAAAAAGAAACUAUCUAUUUCAAUAUAGAUGGAAAACACGCAUCGAGAAAACAAUUCCCACUACAGAAUGCCUUUGCCCUCACCGCACAUAAGGUACAAGGUUUAACAUUACCUCAUGUAACCACUUCCGUUGACGAAACCUUAUUUGCCGAAGGUCAAGCCUACGUCGCGAUGAGCCGUGCAACUUCAUGGCAGAAUCUCCGAAUCAUAAACUUUGACUAUAACUACUUAAAAAUCACCGAGGGCCGCUCUGAACGAAUACAAAAGGUUAAAUAUGAUACAUGCCAGGGGGUUCCAAAAUUUAAAAUAAAUCUUUAA